AUGGCCAGGAGUACUCGCGCAGCUGCAAGCACAGCACAGAGGAGGGAGCUGCCCAAGCGAGCUGCCCGGGUGAAAACAGAGCAGUCGCAAUCACCACAGGUCAAGACAGAGCCGCACUCACCACCCCGAGCAACACCAAGGAAGCGAGCUGCUCCCAAGGCCGAGGGCGACAGCGAGACGCCCAAAAGGGUGAAAGUAGAAGAUGAGAAACCACCAUCAAAGGCAAGCCCAAGCAAAAAGGGCAAGCCGUCAGACCUCCGGGACAAGAAAUUGAAGGCCUACGCCCAGUACGCCAACAACUCGCCGUUCCCCGACUUCCCGCACCCCACGCCAGAGGAAUGCAAGCUGGCACACAGGAUCCUGGCGUCCCUCCACGGGGAGCGCAACAGGCCAGAGAAGCUCGUGGCCCCGAGCUCCCGCGCCGGGUGCGGCGACUCGCCCUCGGUGCUGGACGCCCUGGUGCGGACGAUCCUGUCGCAGAACACGUCCGACACCAACAGCACGCGGGCGAAGCAGAGCAUGGACAAGGCGUACGGCCGCAGCGACAAGUGGGAGGCCAUCGUGGAGGGGGGCCAGGCGAGGCUGCAGGAGGCCAUCAAGUGCGGCGGGCUGAGCGUCGUCAAGAGCAAGGUCAUCCUCAGCAUCCUCGAGCAGGUCCACGCCCGCUACGGGGAGUACUCACUGGACCACCUGCAUAAGGCGUCGAGCGAGGAAGCCAUGACGGAGAUGCUGAGCUUCCAGGGCGUGGGGCCCAAGACGGCCAGCUGCGUGCUGCUGUUCUGCCUGCAGAGGGAGAGCUUUGCAGUCGACACGCAUGUGCACCGCAUCACGGGUCUGCUGGGGUGGAGGCCGGCCAAGGCGAGCAGGGACGAGACGCACCAGCAUUUGGAUGCUAGGAUCCCGGAUGAGGACAAGUACGGGCUGCAUAUCCUCAUCGUAUCGCAUGGGAAGAAGUGUGAAGAGUGCAGGGCUGGGGGGAGGAACCUGGGGAAGUGUGGGCUGAGGAAGGCUUUCCGGAAGGGUAAGCUGGCUGGCGAGGCCGGAGAGGAUGUGAAGGAGGAGGAAGAGGAAGUGAAGAUCAAGGACGAGGAAUGA